AUGGUAAAAUCCAACCACGUCCGAUCUAUUAGCUUUCCCAGCAGAUCACAUCCGAGCAUUCAAAAGGUGGAAGAAGAGCUCACCAAGCUCAAAACAUUACAAGUAUCAGUCACUCCAGAAGCAGCUACAAUCAGCAGUGGUCUUCUUGGAUUAGAACAGCUGUACAAGUGCAUGGAUGAUCUUCUUAACUUGCCACAAACCCUUCAAGCCAUCUCCCAACAUCAGAAUAAGAAAUGGGUUGAUGGCUUAUUGGAGAAAUCAGUGAGGCUUCUUGAUAUUUGUGGUCUAGCAAGAGACUGCAUCUCUCAGUUGAAGGAACAUUUGAGAGAUCUGCAAUCCUCCCUAAGGAGAAGAAAGGGAGAUUCAAGUACUGAAGAUAGCAUCACCAGAUACUCUUCAUUCAUAAAGAAGAUGAACAAGGAUGCAAAAAAGUCAAUUGCAGCAAUAAAGAAAAUCGAUGGUGAGAUCGAUGGAUCAACACCCUUAGAUGUGAAUCAUGACAUCUCAGCAGUGAUCAGAGCCCUAAGAGAAGCAAGUGCAGUGAGCACUUCUAUUUUCCAGUUUGUCCUGCUUUUCUUGUCUGUGCCAGUUUUGAAGCCUAAGCCAUCUCGGUGGUCACUGGUUUCAAAAUUGGUACAAAGUGGAAGAGUAGCAUGUGAAUACCAACACGACAACACUUGCAAUCUGGAGACAUUGGAAGCUCAACUUGAGGCCAUUGAGAAUCAAAUGGAAAGCAUAUUUAGGUGCUUGAUUAAAUUAAGGAGCUCUCUCCUGAACAUCAUCUCUUGCUAAGCAAUUGUAAAGCCAUACUUGUAUAUAAUCAAUUUUGUAGUUACUCGAGAAAUACGAUACAGAAAUG